AUGGACCAACAUCGGCAAGUACUCCUUCUCUCCAGGGGACCACUCAAGCUGUACUUUGACGGACGUGUGGUCAGCAUAUUGGCCGUGCUCAUUGCACUUGGACAGGAGGCCUGUGGUCGCCUGGGUCGGUCCAUAUCGCCGUUCUCAGUGUUUGUAGUUGCGUACAAACUUGGACGAGAGGAUGGCAAGUACUGCCACCUGUUUUCGGCAGAUGUUUCGGCCGAGUUUCUCGACAAACUUGCUCGACCCAACAAAACGCCGGUCGAAUGUUCCAUGGAGAUUCGGUACGCUCGAAUCAGCCUGGAACCGGAACAUACAUUCUCGGAACGUCUCUCGAUGGCGAUCUGUCAGAGAAGACCGAACGUGGGGGAAAUGCUUGGCUACGCCUGGAGGGACCGGGUAGCUGACUCACCAGAAUCGAGCGGAGUUAACCCGAAUAGAGGUCAGCCGGAAAGGAAGAGGAUUCUCGAGAACAGAACAGGGUCGGUUGGUCACAGCAUGAUCACCGAAUAUCAAGACUAA